AGUCUCCUCAGUGGUCUCGAGUUACGUCUCAGCUUGCGGUUGCCAAGACGAUCUCGGGGCUGUCCACCAUAGAAUUCCAUCUUGUUCCGUCGAGUCACUGGAUGGAAUGUCGAGCUCCAGAAAGGAGUUCGAUGUGAAGCAAAUUCUUCGAAUCCGAUGGAGAUGGUUCGGUCACCCCACAUCACCACCACACAAUCAGCCACCAUUGGGAGACUUCUUCAGUGGGAGAGGAACGGCAGGAUCUUCUGGCGACCUACCCUCCGUUAGUGGCUGUUCCCCCUCCACUGGAAGUGCUCGUAACGGCAACAGCACAGGCUCAAAUAGUGCACGCACCGGUGGUGGCUCUGUGGGCAACCUUAACAACAACAGAAAGUUUGGAGACACUGGAAGUCAAAGUAAAGGACCGGUGCCCGCAGGCGCCACGGCUUGUCCCCGCUCGUUUAGUCAGCAGGAGUGCCGAAGUCCCCCGGCGUUACCCUGGGUGCCUCCGCCGCACUCUCGCUCGGUUCUCGGUGUGACUACUGAGGUCGCAUCGACGAAUUCAUCGGUCGAAAAAGCCACUGGUGACGAGGAAAACAACAAUAACGUGGAUUCCGAUAGCAGCUCGUGCAGGACGUCUAACAGCAGUCAGACGCUGUCCUCAUGUGCCUCUAUGGAGCCGUGUGUGCCAGAAGAGCUGUUCCAGGCGCUGAGCCACGCCGAGCACACCUUCAGACGGAUGGAGUCGUACCUGAGGACGCGGCAGCUGUGUGACGUAGUGCUGCUCGCCGGAGACCGCAGAAUACCUGCACACAGGCUGGUUCUGUCCUCCGUGUCCGAUUACUUUGCUGCCAUGUUUACCAGUGAUGUGCGAGAAGCCAAACAGGAGGAGGUCAAGAUGGAAGGUGUGGACCCAGAUGCAUUAUGGGUCUUGGUUCAGUAUGCUUACACAGGGCGUCUGGAGCUGAAGGAGGACACCAUUGAGAGCCUGCUGUCUGCCUCGUGUCUGCUGCAGUUGUCUGCAGUAGUGCAGGCUUGCUGCUCUUUUCUCAUGAAGCAGCUUCACCCCUCCAACUGCCUGGGCAUCAGAUCCUUCGCCGAUGCACAAGGCUGCCAAGACCUACACAAAGUAGCACAUAACUACACCAUGGAGCACUUCCUGGAUGUGAUGCGCAAUCAGGAGUUCCUGCUGCUGCCUCCGUCUGAGAUUGAGAAGCUGCUGGCAUCUGAUGACAUGAACGUGCCCGAGGAGGAGACGGUGGUGCAGGCCCUGCUCAGCUGGGUGCGCUACGACUGCGCCGGCCGCCAGCCCCACCUCCCCACCAUGCUGGCCCACAUCCGCCUGCCACUGCUGCACCCACAGGGAGAGAGAGACAGAGGGAGAGAGAGACAGGGAGAGAGAGACAGACUACUUUCUGAUGCUACAAUCCAGUUCUUGGCCGACAUGGAGUCCAACCUGCUGCUGAGGGACAGUGUGGAGUGCCAGCGGCUGGUAAUGGAGGCCAUGAAGUACCACCUGCUGCCCGAGCGCCGGCCCCUCCUGCAGAGCCCCCGUACGCGGCCGCGCAAGGCCACCGUGGGAGCCCUGUUCGCCGUGGGGGGCAUGGACGCCACCAAGGGUGCGACGUCUAUAGAGCAGUACUGUUUGCGUAAGGACGCAUGGAGACAGGUGGCUGUGAUGAGUGGCCGCAGGUUGCAGUUCGGGGUGGCUGUACUGGACGACCGGCUCUACGUGGUUGGGGGCAGGGAUGGCCUCAAGACCCUUAACACAGUGGAGUGCUACAAUCCCCGCAGCAAGACCUGGAGCGUUAUGCCACCCAUGUCCACGCACCGACAUGGUUUAGGCGUGGCAGUGUUGGAGGGGCCGAUGUAUGCGGUGGGGGGUCAUGAUGGCUGGAGUUAUCUCAGCACUGUGGAGCGCUGGGAUCCUCAGGCACGCCAGUGGAGCUUUGUGGCUUCCAUGGCAACACCUCGGAGCACUGUGGGGGUUGCAGUCCUCAACAGCAAGCUGUAUGCAGUGGGGGGCAGGGAUGGAAGCUCGUGCCUAAAGUCUGUGGAGUGUUUCGACCCGCACACCAACAAGUGGAGCAGCUGUGCACCCAUGGCCAAGCGACGCGGGGGGGUGGGCGUGGCCACCUGGAAUGGCUUCCUGUACGCCAUCGGAGGCCACGAUGCUCCCGCCUCCAGUCUAGCCUCCCGUCUGUCGGACUGCGUAGAGAGGUACGACCCAAAGACAGACGCCUGGACUGCUGUAGCUCCCAUGAGCCUUAGCAGGGAUGCCGUGGGAGUGUGUCUCCUUGGUGACCGUCUCUAUGCAGUGGGUGGAUAUGAUGGGCAGUCGUAUCUCAACACUGUGGAAGCCUACGAUCCCCAGACCAAUGAGUGGACACAGGUGGCACCAUUGUGUUUAGGCCGAGCUGGUGCAUGUGUGGUGGCCGUCAAACUCUGAAAGCAGUUCAGCCAAACAUUUCUUUGUAGCAGUCUCCAGGGAGCGGCUUAGCAUCCCCACGAGACAGAAUGUAAACUCCUCCUCACGUGACUCUACAUGUGUACAUACAGUCACACUGACCCAUACAAACUCGCGCAGAGACACACAACAGACCUGCUCCUUUUUAAAGGAGUGCUUUGUCUGUGGCGGAUCUUAAGUGGGUUGCAGUGUUCCACAUGCCCUUAGGCUUCCCCCUGUGUUGUCCUCGUGCUCGUCAGCCUGGUCCUGCUGCUUACGCAGGACAGGGCAGGGCAGGGCAGGACACGGCAGGGCAGGCUGGGUGGAGGUUGCCUCUGACCUGUCUGCAGCCAAGCGUGAGACACCAGCAGCUCAGCUCUGUAGGCAGUAACUGAGAGGAACUCACCAGCCUGAAAGGACUAUCAGUGUCCUGUAUCAGCUGCCUGCGGAUUUGUAGGCUUUGUCCCAAAAAAUUUUCUGCAUAUCAACUCUGGAUUAGGCUGGAAGUAUCGGAGAGGAUGAUGUUGAGAUGAAAUUGGGUUAUAUUAACUGAUACUGUAUUUAGCUGUAUGUGAUGAAAUUGGGUUAUAUUAACUGAUACUGUAUUUAGCUGUAUUUGUUCCUGUGAGUACCUGCUUCUGCUGAACCUGUUUCCCACUCUCUCUCGCCGUGGUCAUUACACAUUCCAGUGGCAUAUAGUUUCAUAUAAGCCACCUCCAUUACCCUCCAACCAUACACAUAUGGACACAAAGACUCUCUUCCCCACUCCUCUUGUCAUCUUUUCAGCUGACAGAUGUAGGAAAGAGAGAGAGAACAUAAAAGCAUUAGAUGAAUUAGUCAUUGUGAAUGCUCCUGACAGGAAGAGAAACCCAAACGAAAAGGACAGUUGAGGUGUGAUCAUUCUAAAGUAUCUGACAGACAGGUUAUAAUGAGCAUGUUCAUAUUCAUUUUGGUGAAUGUGUAUCUACAGCCAGGGUUGGACUGUAAAAACAGAUCCGAGCUGACCAAGCUUAAGCUCCUGUGAUACAGACUCACUGUUAUAAGAAGAUCAAAGUUAACGGGCCAUUUUGCAGCUGUGCAUCCUGCUGUUUGGCAGGUCGUGUUCAGUUGUGUUGAUAUUAGGUUUGGAGGACAUUCAGUACAAUGCCCACAGUCUCAUACCUUUUUCCCGCUGAACAAUAGAUGAGUUUUGAAGUGGAGAGAUGACAGAUUGGGUAUUUAUAUUUGAUGCUCUGUCUUUCCAACCUAUUAUUCUCCCUGGGGCCUCAGCUGAGUAGAAUGAUAAAUGGAUCCCACUGAUGUUUAAAUCUCUUCCCUGAAGCUGAGAUCUUCUUUCUGGUUGUGAACCAAGUAAUGACCUCUAAUCACCCCCCCUCCCCUUCCUUUCUCUUUCUUUCUUUCUCUCUCACACACACACACACACACACACACACACACACACACACACACACACACACACACACACACACACGUUUAUUAUGCUCACUGAGUUGAAUUAUGGACCAUGGGGAGACUGAAAUGCUAAAGUGUAAUGUAAAAAAUGUAGCAAAACAUAGUUUUUGCUGUUGAAAGGAGGUGUGAAUGUCAUGGCAGUAGACUGUAUUUGAUGUCUGAUUUCCCUGCUCUCAGCGGUUCAUUUCACUGACACUAUUAGGGUACGUUUGUGUGAAUGCUAUUGACACAGCCCCCCCUGCUGUGAGGAAACAGAUUUUUGUUUGUCCAUGAUGACUCAGCAUGACUGAGGCAGAGACAAUGCAUGUGGAAUGCACCAUCCAUCAAGACCCUGCUUGGACAGACCACAGGACCAGGGAGGACAGACCUUCACCAAGGCGGCUUCAGACAUUCAUGUAACUGUAGGUACAAGGCAUAUCACAGAUGGUUGCUACUAAAAGACAUCAAAUGAAGUUCCAUUCUUUUUACAUGUGUAGCCUUUGGCAGCUGUUACAGUAUGGGUGAAAUAAAGUCUCUUUUCCCUGAGUGCUGAUCCAGGAUGUAUAACUUUUUUGUGCACUGUGUUGGAGGGCAUUGCCCCAUGCAGUUUUGCAGUACAUACAGUACAUAUGUCUUAAAGUCCUAAACAAGCAACGUUAUCACAAGCUCUUACAAUGUGCAUACAAUUGUAACAUUUUAUGUGUCGAUAUGGACAGAAUCUGUGUAGGUGGUUAUUUAGAGUUUUGUUUCUCUGUGUGUGUGUAUGUGUGAGAGAGAGAGAGAGUAUGAGUGUGUGUGUAUAUGUUUGUUAUCCUAUUAUUUUAUGACGAGACCAUUUUGAUGUAUGGGUAUUUUUGUUAUGAUGUAUGGGUAUUUUGUUUUCUUUUGUACAUUCCACUGUUAUUUUAUUUGAUUGAGUUUUAUAUUAAAGUGGAAAAGAAAAUCA